AUGGAAAGAGGUCUACAGAGGCAAAAUGAUGAUUUCCUUCAAACCAUAGAUGAUGAAAAUGCUUUCUAUUUUACUGAUUUAAGAACUCCUAUUAAUGGUGUUUCUCUUUUUUAUGCACCAAUUUGGAUAUCUGAUGAGAUAUGGAUACUAUGGAAAAAGCAAUGGAAAAAUAUAAUAAUAGCUGAUCAUGUUCAGGAAUUGAUGAACAAGUGGGAUUCAAUAUCACGAUUAAUUUUAAAUAAAAGUAAUGAUGAACUAAAUAUUGAGGAAUUGACUUUUAAAUGUAACAUAAAAUCUCUUAUCAAAACAUUAAAUGGAAGAGGAUUACAACAUGAUAAUUUUAAUAACAAAAUAAUCCAUAUUCAUUCAAAACCAGAUUUUAAAAAUAAAGUUUUAAAAUUUGUUUUUGAACAAAUAGCUAAAAAACUAUAUCACAAACAUGCUCUCGUAAACUGGAUGGAAAUUAUUCAUCUCAUUGAAGAAG